CACCAAGCACGUAUUAACUCAGUGGCCUUGUCUCUGUGUUUCAGAAUGAAUGGACAGAAGCAGUGGACGAGGGUGGCGGUGAUGGCUCUCCUGGUGCUGACGGUGAUGGCCGCCGAAGGAGGCAAAGCAGAGAAACAAGGGAAGAAGGAGCGCAAGUCGGACUGCGGCGAGUGGCAGUGGAGUGUGUGCGUCGCCAACGAGGGGGACUGCGGACUCGGCACCAGGGAGGGAACCCGCACCGGCACCGACUGCAAGCAGACCAUCAAGACCCAGCGCUGCAAGAUCCCCUGCAACUGGAAGAAGAAGUUCGGAGGGGAAUGCAAGUACGACUUCCAGGCGUGGGGGGAGUGCGACCUGGCGACGGGCAAGAAGAACAGGACGGGCGUGCUGAAGCGGGCGCUGAUGGACGCCACCUGCGCCACCACCGUCACCGCCACCAAGCCCUGUGGGAAGAUCCCCAAGACCAAGCUGCAAGGUAAGCAGGGGGAGGAGGAGUCAUCGCUGGGUAGAGACACUUCAGAAAUAUGGAACAAGCUUUUCUGCCAUUAAAACAACAGAUUUGUU